AAUUCUCUCUCUCCUCCAUCAAACCCCAAAAAUAUCUUCUUCAUUUUUUCAGAUCUCAAACAGAGAAAAAGAACCAUAACAAAAGCUGAAAAUUUUCUGGGAAAAUCCCCAUUUCAGAUGUAUCUAAUUUGAGAUGAAGAAGAAAGCUCAAAACAAGCUCCAUUCUUCACCUCUUUCACUCUUCUGCUGUUUCUUCUCACUCCUCAUCAGCUUCUCUUCAUGUGAGGAGCUUCCCGUUACCAGCCAUGGCAGCCUCACGGAACAAGAAGUUGGCUUCAUCAAGCAACGUCAGCUUCUCUACUACAGGGACGAGUUGGAAGAAGCCGUCACCGUCGACCCAACGCUCGUUUUCGAAAACCCCAGGCUUAGAAAUGCUUACAUUGCUUUACAAGCUUGGAAGCAGGCUAUAAUUUCCGACCCUUCUAAUCUCACCGGUAAUUGGGUCGGAUCCCAUGUAUGCAACUACACCGGCGUUUUCUGUGCUCUGGCGCCGGAUAAUGGCACCAUCAAAACCGUCGCUGGCAUUGACUUGAACCAUGGGGAUAUCGCUGGGUACUUGCUGGAAGAGCUUGGGUUGCUUACUGAUCUUGCGUUGUUUCAUAUUAACUCGAACCGGUUCUGUGGUACUAUUCCUCGGAGUUUCAGUAAAUUGAGGAUAUUGAUCGAGUUGGAUCUUAGCAACAACCGGUUCGCCGGGAAGUUCCCAGCGGUGGUUCUCCGGUUGCCAGCGCUCAAGUUCUUGGAUCUGCGGUUCAAUGAUUUUGAAGGAACUGUGCCCAGAGAGGUUUUUGACAAAGAUUUGGAUGCCAUUUUUAUAAACCACAACCGGUUCAGAUUUAGCUUACCGGACAACUUCGGGAACUCGCCGGUUUCCGUCAUUGUGUUGGCCAACAACAAGUUCCACGGCUGCCUGCCGGCGAGCAUCGGCAACAUGAGUGGUCUUGAAGAAAUUAUUUUGAUGAACAAUGGGUUGAGAUCUUGUUUGCCCAGAGAAGUUGGUAGGCUUAAAAAUAUGACUGUGUUUGAUGCCAGUUUUAAUGAGUUGAUGGGGCCUUUGCCGGAGGAAAUUGGGGGAAUGGUAAGCCUGGAGCAGCUCAAUGUGGGGCAUAAUAUGUUGUCCGGUAAGAUUCCGGCGAGGAUUUGUCGGUUGCCGAAGCUGGAGAACUUUACGUUCUCGUAUAAUUUCUUCACUGGAGAGCCGCCGGUUUGCUUGACGUUACGGGGAUUUGAUGAUCGGAGGAAUUGCUUGCCGGCAAGACCUUUGCAGAGAAGUGCGGCGCAAUGUAAGUCUUUCUUGUCUAGGUCAGUGGAUUGUAGUUCGUUUAGAUGUGCUCCUUUUGUUCCUUCUCCGCCUUCCCCGCCGGUGGUAACUUCACCGCCACCUCCUCCUGUUGUUGUAACAUCACCGCCGCCACCUACCCCAAUUUACACCCCACCAUUCUCGAUACCUCCUCCACUCGUAUACACUCCACAAUCACCUCCUCCACCGCCCCCACCAUCUCCUUCACCACCAUUUUACUCACCUCCGCCUCCGCCUUCUCCAUCGGUUUACUCACCUCCGCCCCCACCACCUGUAUACUCUCCCCCACCACCACCGCCACCGAUUUAUUUACCUUCCCCCCCACCGCCCUCACCUCAACCACCUCCUCCACCAAUUUAUCCAUCACCUCCUCCACCUACGGCAACUUAUUGUGUGAGGUCCACACCACCUCCGCCGCCCAAUUCACCACCUCCAUUGUUUUCCCCACCGCUGCCACAUCAUUCACUACCACCUCCACCACAUUCUCCACCCCCGCCACCACAUUCACCUCCACCACCAAUUUAUCCAUACUUAUCUCCACCGCCACCACCACCUCCCGUUUAUAUUCCACCUCCUCCAGUUCACUCUCCACCACCACCCUCACCUCCUCCAUGUAUAGAACCACCACCACCAUCACCACCUCCCCCAGUUUAUUACAAGCCACCCCCAUCACCUUCACCUCCUCCACCACCAGUUCAUCACCACUCUCCUCCACCGCCCUUUAUUUACGAAAGCCCGCCCCCACCAUUAUUACCACCACCAGCUCCAGUAUAUGAGGGGCCAUUGCCACCAGUAAUCGGAGUGCCAUACGCUUCACCUCCGCCACCACCUUUCUAUUGAUUGUUUUGAGAAUUUUCCUCC